AUGAAGUUUCUAUGUCUUCAUGGCGCCAUUGGCAGCAUCGAGGUAAGCUGGGUGGAAGCCUUGAAACGUCCAGGACCGCUGCGAAAGGAAAUGGAGACGGACAACGCGGCUUCUUUUCACUACAUCAAUGCUCCUUUGCCAGUGUCUCCUCCGCAAGAAUUCGAUAAGUACUUUGGAGUAGGCCCAUACUACCGAUGGAUUGAUGAUGGAGGAGUGGCAGAGAACACGGUGAUCAGUCGGGUUCGAAAAUCCCCCAUCGGCGAGACACCAGAAGACAUGAUGAGGGAUCUGAUGGGGGAUAGCCCUGUAUUCUGGCAUAACCACCAGUCAGCCAUGGAUUAUUUAUACGACACCCUGGAGGAGAACCCAGACAUUGAGGGUGUCAUUGGCUACAGCGAAGGUGCCUCGGUGGCAGCCAGUCUGAUUCUGGACGAGCAGAGGAGGCUGUGGGAUACAGGACGACCACGACGGAUCAAGUGCGCGGUAUUCUUCACGGGGUGGCCACCUGUUUCUUCAGACGGGGAUUUUAUGUUGUCAGAUGAGCGUGACAUCCUCGUUGACGUCCCAAGUUUGCACGUGGUCGGUGCCUAUGAUCCCUUCCGGUACGGUGCCUUUGCUUUAUACAAUACAUGCGACCCAAACAACGCGAUCAUGUUCGAUACUGGGAAAGGGCAUACACUUCCUCGCUCAGGGCCAGUGAUUCAAGAGCUUGGGGAGGCUAUGCGUACUUUAAUUGGGCGGGCAUACUCAUAA